AUGAGGAGCAAUUGCCAAGAAAGUCCUUCCAACAACAACCCUUCACCGUCUUCCGAGUCUUCAAAGAAAAAGAACGCGCGUAUUACAUUUGCUUCCAGCCACGACACAGCAGAUGAAAGUGGUGGUGCCAACACGACGGCAACAACCCCUUCAUCAAAGGAGCAAACCAGACAACGAAAGAAAGCAAUAACAUUCAAGGAAGAUGCUUAUGGAGAACCAAUUACCAAGCCAAUCUCGAUUCAUUCAACAAUGCGAGAAGGUGAUGAAUCAUCCUUCAUUCCAAGAACUCCUCCGAAGAAUUUAAUGGCCAGCAAUUCUCUCCGAAUGAAAUAUUUAGAGGAUGAUGAUGAUGAAGUCUCCGAUGAAGAACACGAUGGCUCAGAAGAAUACCCACAGAAUAACGAUCGUGCAUCAUCCACAAUCACCAUCCGAACCACCUCCGUAGGCUUGAUGGAUUUGGACGAAGAAACUGAGGCAACACCUUCCCCAGUUGGCAAAUUGAAAAGCUCAAAAACCUUUGUGCCAACAUCGUCUUUUGAAAAAGAACAUACUCCUCCUUCACUUGUUCGUUCAGUCACAAGAUCUAAUUUCACACGAAAACCCAUGAGACCUUCCUUGUCUUUUUAUGGAGAGAUAUUGACCACUCCUACUUCAUCAAAAAAGCACAAAACAAUGGAAAUGAAAAGAAGAAACUCAAUUCGAAGAAUGAAAUCGGUAUUUGACUUUGGGAACGAAGAACCACAUCACAAUUUUGCAUUUUACGACCAUGAGAGAGGUGCGUUUAUUGGAACCGAAGAAGAUGAGAUGGAUGAAGUAGGUCCAGUUGAAGAUACUGAGAUGAGCGAGGAAGACAAGCAAAAAUUUGCAUAUAGAGCCAAAAUGGCGUUCAGAAAAGCAUAUGAACAAAUUAAGUCUAUUAUCCUGUCACUCACACGAUUUUUUUAUAUUGUUACUAUUGGAUUUAUAUUAUUUUCACUGUUCAACUUUUUCUCAGUUUUGAGUUGGAUCUCAAUUUUUGGAAUGGAGUAUGGAAAGGGAUUGUUCAGACUUUCAUUCUUUGUUUUAAAUCCCUUCAAGAAGAAACUAGUGUUUUCUAAUAUUGAUAAUGGAAAAUCAACAGAAGAGAGAGCUUUGCUCAGUGAUGACACUAGUAAUCACUCCACAAGCGAACCAAGAUCUAAGAAAGCCAUUCAUGUGAUAUGGUUUAUGCUAUUCGGACUUCCUUUGACAUUCAUACAAGGAUUUAUUGCCGUAUUAUGCUGGUUUCCAGUAAUUUCUUGCCCAAUAUCAAAGUUAAUUUUCAAUAUCAACAAAAAUAUGUUCUUUCUUAGAUUUAGACAUGGAAUAAUAGUUAAGAAUGAGAAAUUGGAUCGAUCUAUCAAUGGCGAAUCAACUACAACGAGUGAUGAUUCCUCAGAAGAUGAUUCCUCUAUUCGAAUGACAUCACCUUUUUCGUUUUCAGCUUUCAAAUGGAGACUAUUCUCUAUCAAUGUACCCCUUCUUAAUUUAUUAAUUACCAUACCUAUAACCUUAGGUCUGCAUUAUGGAUUGGAUGAAGAAUUAUCCUCCAAGUAUAGUAUGCUCAUAUUCGUACUUUCUAUUGUGAGUGCAAUGCCUUUGGCAAUAAUCAUUGGACAUUGUGUUGAGUCCAUUGUUGCUCAAACCAGCUUUAUAUUUGGUUCCAUGAUUAAUGCGACAUUUGGUACCAUUAUUGAAUUGAUUUUAUAUUUCUUGGCAUUGUAUAAGGAGUUACAAGGAGUUGUUAUGCAAUCAAUCACUGGAGCUUUGUUGGCAGCAAUUUUGUUAACACCUGGCGUUUCAAUGGUUUUUGGAGGACUAAGGUACAGAGAACAAUACUUUAAUCGAUACGCAGCAGGUGUAUCUUCUAUUUUACUUUUUAUCGCCGUCGUAGGAGCUUUCUUACCAUGUGUGUAUUUCAUCUUUUUCGGCGCACAAGAGUUGAGGUGUGGACAAUGUUUAAGCGGUCUUCCCUAUAACCGCACGAUUGAGGAGCCGGAUUUGUCAAUUAACUCUUUGAUGUACCUGAAAAGUGCAAAUUCAAACCAGGAUUGGAGCUGGGUAGAGAAAGCUAAAACAACCUUUAAAAAGCUUUACGGAAAAAAGUACAAAAAACAUGUGACUACUUUGCAUGGCAAGAGAGUUUCAGACAUUACAAAGAAACAAUCCAUUAGCACAAUUUAUGGCCAGGAUAUUGAAAUUGUUCCAUAUGCCACAGAAGAAAUCGCAAAAGUCUCUUCAUUUCACACACUCCUUGCGAUACCUAGCAUUUUGCAAGUAUCAAACUUCACACCAAUUUCUAAUCACACUAACAGCACCUACAGUAUUAGAUGUGUUGGCUGUGACCUUUCCUUAGAAGAUUUUAUUCAUGAACCGUUGUACCAAAAUAAGGUUAGACCAUUGGCAUUCACUACGGCCAUAAUUCUUCCCUUUGCUUACAUUUUUGGAUUAAUAUACAGUCUAAGGACGCACAGAUUUUUAAUGCAAAAGCCACCAAAGAAAGCUUUUUCAGGAGAGCCUGCUUCAUCAAACGAAGCAAGCGCACCUGAAAAGAGUCGUGACAACUCUGCCACAGAAAAACAUGAAGAAACAAACAACAAUAGUGAAGAAGAAGAGGAACCGAUCAAGCAGCUUCAUUCAAAAGGACACGAACCGAAAGAAGAAGAGCAUCAAGAAAUGGAAGAUGGUAUAUGGCCAAUUUGGAUAGCAAUACUUGUGUUAAUAGUGUGCACAGCCGCGUACAGUUUUGUGGCUGAAGUGAUGACCUCAUCUCUAGAGCCUGCUUUUGACAGUAUUGGCGUAAACUCUCAAUUUGCUGGAUUGACAUUCGUAGCGAUUUUACCUUCUCUUGGAGAAUUUCUGAAUGCCAUUCAAUUUGCUUUAAAUGACAAUGUGACGUUGGCACUUGAAAUUGGCAAUGUUGCAGCUAUUCAAAUUUCUCUUCUGCAAAUUCCAAUAUUGGUUCUUGGGUCGUUUUUAUUCUUUGGAGGCAAUCAGAAAAUGGUGUUCUCUCUAGAGUUUCCUCUUUUCAAUUUGUUGGCCAUAUUUUUCUCUGUUUUGAUGUUGAAUAUAAUUUCAAGGGAUGGACGUUCAAAUUACUUCCAUGGAUUGAGUCUGGUGUUUGUUUACGUAUUUAUUGUAGUGGGCUUUUUCUUUAUUUACUUUUAA